CGGAUGUUGUCAUUGGUUUCAAUAUGGCUGAUAUAGCUAUAGAAUUUCGAGUAAGCAAGUAAGCUAACCGUACGUUAGCCUGAAUGACAACAAUAUGAAAUAGAAGAAGUAGUUAUUAACGAGUCACUUAAUAGUUUUUAGUGGUCAAUAAAUCAAAAUGUCUGAAGUUGAGCCUGAAGAUAUAAAGGGGCGUUUUACGCCUCAGCACCCUCUCCCAGAGGCUAUACAAAAAAUGGACAGAGAUGAAACAGUGUGCAGAUAUUGUGGUGUGAGUUAUCUCAUACAUAGUGAGAUAAAGGCAUUAGAGAAGAAGCUUAAAGCCCUUGAGAAAGAAUUAGAACAUCAUGCAGGUUGCGAGGACAGAGAAAAUAAACUGAAAAAAGAACUACAAGUGUUACAAGAUGAAAGGGGAGAAUUCGAGAUGAAUUUAACAGUUAAAGACGCUGCAAUAUCUACACUUACAAAUAACUUAAAGAAUUCUGAGGGAACAUGUGAACGUCUACGCAAUGAGAAAGAUGAUAUUAUAGAAAAGUUACAGAAAGUAGAAAAUGCAAAUAAAAGUCUCAAGGAAAGAAAUAAUCAUCUAGAACGAACACUUCCAAACUUAAAGUCAGCUUUACACUCACAAAAAAUGUCUUUAAGUGAGAUUCAUACAUUUAUGGAGAAGAGAGAUGUCCAGAUGAAAGAAGAACUUAGUAUACUGUUAUCACAUGUUAAAUCUACAUGUGAUAGUGAAAUAAAAGAAAAGGAAGAGAUACAGUCAAAGAUCAGAGAACUACAGUCAAGUUGGGACACAGCUACAUCAGAAACUGAUGUAAUGAAGAAACAGUUAAUCAGACAAGAAAAACAAAUUUUACAGUUAGAUAAACUCUUCCAGGAGAACAAACAAUUACAGCAAAAAUGUGAAACCUUAGAGACAGCUCAAGCAGGAGAAAUUAAAACUCUUCAAAGUGUACUUACUAAACUGGAGCUACAGAAACAAGAUUUAAGAAGAGAGUUGGACGAAUCAGUAGAGAAAUAUAGGAGUUUACAGAUGGAAAAUCAUCAAUUUAAGGAACAGUUCAAAAGUAAGAGCAGUGAGAUGGAGGAGAUAGCAGCUGUACAGAGACGUAAAGAAAUGGCCAUGGAAAUGACUACACAAAAAUUAAAGUCUGAUUUAAAGCAAAAGGAAUCAGAUUUACUUGGUGCUAAAAGAGAUUUGAAGGAAUUGCAGAACAAGUUUAAUCAGCAUCAACAGUUGGAGGCUGAUCUGAACAGAAAAACAUCUAAAACACUGAUUGAGACAAAAGAAUUAAAAGAAUCGUUCUUCAAAGCCAAGGAAGAAAUUGAGCAUCUUAAAGAAGAAAGGGAGGCUAUGAUAACCUCACAUCAGAACAGAAUAGAACAAUUGCGAGAAAGCUUCAAAGAAAAAUUAUCUGAAGCAGAUAAUUGGCAGGAAAAGUUAGAAGAAGCAAUACAAGCAGAGAAAAGAAGACAUAUUAGAGAAUUAGAGGACCUAGAGACAAGGUUAAAGGAGAGUUUUGUCAUGGAAUUAGAGAUAGAGAAAGGAAAGUAUAGAGAACUUAUGAAGAAAUAUCAAACAGGAAGUCAGGAAACAGAGGAAAAGUUACGAGCACAGCUCCAGUCAAUAGAGAGUAGGUAUAAGGCAGAAAUAGAAGACUUGACUCAACUGUUGGCAGAAAAUAGACGUAAAUCUAAAGAGAUGGAGGAUGAACUAAGGAAAGAAAUAGUUAGCUUGAAGGCCAUCAUUAAGGAUUUAGAAGCCAGACUUGCCAGGUUAGAUGUUGGUAAUGAGGAACUAGUCAUAAAAUUAAAGUCACAGCUACGUGAAACUCAUCAAGAACUUGAAGAUACAAGACAAAUACUUGACAAACAAACAAAGGCUGGUGAUGUCUUCCAAGAAGAGAUAAAGAAUUUACAAGAGACUGUGCAGAAAGAGUGUGAAGAGAGGUUUGAACUUACAGAAGCUCUCAGUGCUGCAAAGGAGGAACUUCUGUUGUUAAAAAAACCUGCAGAUCAGUCACAAAAUGGUGGAGGUUACUUAAGUUCAACACCUCGUCAGUUAACAAAUAUGUCACUUCCAUCAGAGGAAUCAGUACAGUCAAACACAAGUGCACGGCGAAGUUUUUCUGAACCACAACCUUCAACAAACAAUAGACCAAUAACUUCAAAACCACAUACGUAUGCUGGAGGUAUGAAACGUGAAUAUACAAUAACAAACAGUAAUACAAUGGUGUUCAUGGGAGAUAGUGCAGGGGGGACUAGGGCUGUAGGUGGAAGUACAAAAAGAACUGGAGGCACUCUAGCAGAAAACAGACGUAGAAUCGCAGCCAUACUUGGCAGGAAAUAAUGAAGAUAUUAGUUAAUAUUAUGAUAUUAUAAUUAUGUGUCAUUAUACUUUCUUUUCAAAAACAUGGGAGAAUUCCAUUUAUAAAAAAGGAUGAUGGUUAGAAGAUGGACAACUGUACGAGCUCAUACCAACAUUCUUCAUCUGUUUAAAGGAGUACUUGCCAAGGAUGCUAAACACCCUUGUGUCACAAAAUUUUUGAAGAAACCUGAAUCAUA